AUGACUACAACAAACGGCGCCAACGGCCACACCAACGGUAACACAGAGAUACCCGCAACCAAGAUCCUCGCCAACUUCGUCUCGUCCGCCUCGACCAACCAACUAACCCCAGCCCUCCGCGAGAAAGCCAAGGAAGUAGUAAUUGACUACAUCGGCGUCGUCGUCGGCGCAAUCGACAAUGCCACUUCAACCGAACCAAUCUACAACGCCAUCCUCGCUCUGCAAGGUCAGGGUACCAAAGGACCAUGUACCGUCCUGGCGAAGGGAGAGCCGCAUAUGCUGCCCCAGUAUGCCGCACUCUUGAACUCAGCGUUCGGCCACUCCCUAGACUUCGACGACACGCAUGCGCCUGGCACACUGCAUGCGGGUGUUACGUCCAUUUCGGCUGCAAUGACGCAGGCAGAGCUGCAGGCGGAGAAGGCGAGUAGUGAGGACUUCAUGCUCGCUGUCUCCGUGGCCUACGAAGUGACUUGUCGAAUUGGCCGGGAGUUGGGCUUCUUCUCCUACGAUCGUGGAUUCCACAACACCAGCAUCGCCGGCAUCUUCGGCGCCGUAUCCGCCAUAGCCGUGCUCAAGAAACUCUCCCCCCAAGUAAUCGAAGACGCCUUCGGCCUCGCCGGUAGCAAAUCAGCAGGCUCAAUGCAAUACCUCGACAACGGCUCCUGGAACAAACGCCUGCACCCGGGCUUCGCCGUCCACGACGCCUUCAUGUGCGUCUCCCUAGCCGAAGCCGGGGUCGUGGGCGCCACGAAAAUCAUCGAAGGCAAAAUGGGUUUCCUGCAGGCUUACAGCCCGAACCCCAACCCGGACCUCCAUCGUCUCACAGCAAACCUUGGGAAGGAAUGGAUCUGGGAAGGCUCGUCGCUGAAACCAUACCCAGCGUGCCGCAUGACCCACGGCUUCAUCGAGCUCUGCGGUAACAUUGCCGAGAGGCACGGAGGCAAAGUCUCAGCUGCCGACGUCAAGCACAUCACCCUCACCACAUCCCCAUCCUGUUUCAAACUCGUCGGCGAUCCGACACCAAAUAAGAUCCACCCGGAAAACCAAAUCGACGGCCAGUUCUCCGCAUACUUCCAAGCGGCCAACGCGCUGACCUACGGCUCCUCAACGGGGAUGAAAGCCUACCAGCGCCUGCAAGAUGCAGACAUCAACGCCCUCUGCGACAAAAUCUCCGUGGAGCGGGAUAGCAGCAUGCACUCUUUCCAAGCACGGAUGCGGAUCGAGUGGUCCGAUGGGAAGACGGAUGAUUUCAAGCAGGACUUCCCGCUUGGAGAGGUGGAGCAUUCAUUCACGAGGGAUAAGGUGGAUGAGAAGUUUUUGAGUCUUGCGGUGCCGGUGUAUGGGAAGGGGAGAGCGGGGGAGAUUAUUCGGGCGGUGGAUGGGUUGGAGGGGAGGAGGGUGGAGGAUUUGCUUGUGCUGUUAAGGUGA